CUGAGAUAUGACUCGACCUCAUCUUGAACUUUGAUAAAUCAGUUUGUGGCAAAUAACAGCUCAUAUACUGACGCGAUCACUAGUUUCGGCAUACUUUACUUGCAUCAGUCAGGCUAAUGACAUCAGACGUAAAUAACGGAAAAUUAGUGGACUUGAAACAGAAUCAAAAAGAAACGAACACCACAGAGCAAAUUUCCAGAAUGCCAAACAUAAAAGUAUUUACUGGAAGUUCGCAUCCAGAUUUAGCGAAAAGAAUCGUCACUAGACUUGGUCUAGAUUUAAGCAGAGCUACCACUAAAAAGUUCAGUAACAAGGAAACGAAUGUUGAAAUUGGUGAAUCCGUCCGUGGAGAAGAUGUGUAUAUUGUGCAAAGUGGUUGCGGCGAAAUUAAUGAUAACCUUAUGGAACUGCUGAUCAUGAUUAAUGCUUGUAAAAUCGCAUCAGCUUCCCGAGUAACAGCAGUUAUUCCAUGUUUCCCUUACUCGAGGCAAGACAAGAAAGAAAAAAGUCGUGCCCCAAUCACAGCUAAACUUCUUGCUAACCUUAUAUCAGUUGCUGGAGCUGAUCAUGUCAUUACGAUAGAUUUACACGCAUUUCAAAUUCAAGGUUUCUUUAACAUUCCCGUUGACAACUUAUACGCAGAGCCAGCAAUCACCAAGUGGAUAAAAGAUAAUAUUCCAGAAUGGAAAAGUAGCGUUAUGGUUUCGCCUGAUGCUGGCGGUGUAAAGCGUAUGACAUCUAUAGCAGACAGACUUGAUAUCGACUUUGCUAUUAUUCAUAAAGAAAGACAAAGAGCGAACGACGUAGAUUCAACAGUUUUGGUAGGUGACGUAAGAAAUAGAACGGCUAUUAUGGUUGAUGAUAUGGCUGACACCUGUGAUACCAUUGUCAAAGGAGCUGAAAAAUUACGUGAAGCUGGUGCUAAUAAAAUUUACGCUAUAUUAACUCAUGGAGUUCUUGCCGGUAACGCCAUUGAUAAAAUAAACAAUUCAUGCUUGGAGGCUUUGGUAGUAACAAAUACAAUACCUCAAGAUAAAAAUAUGAAACUGUGCCCAAAAUUACAGACCAUGGACAUUUCAGUGAUGCUAGCAGAGGCUAUACGAAGAACCCAUUAUGCAGAGUCGGUUUCGUAUCUCUUUACAAACGUCCCCUAUUAAUUAUAUUAAAAAUAAGUCACUGGCUGAACACUGAACAAUUUGAAGUUGAAUUAUUAUAAGCUUCUAGCUUUCUGAUAUCCUAAAAAAACUUGUAUAAGACAAAAAUUAAACGAAUUGUUCAAUAAUAUAUAAUACCUUUAAUUUCAUAUGUUAAUUUCAUUCCAACACUUGGCUGUAUCGAGUUAUACUUGCAAUUACGUUUCUUAUAAAUUAAUCAAAUUAUCUUAUUACGUUAAAUCAACACGCCGAGAACGUAAACAAACAAACAAUGGAUCAUAAAUCAAUACGUCAAGAGCAGAAAGAGUGUUGCUUAUUAAAUUAUGUAGAUCAUAGUGAACUAGAUUUAUUCAAAUCUUGUUAUAAAUAAUAAUACAUUUAAGUGGGAAAUCUUAUUUAUUAGCAAAAAAUAUAUUAUGAAAUAAAUCAUUGUAGCAAAUUAUAAGUAUUUCGCAAAAUGUAAGUUUAUACAUAUAUUUUUCGAUUUUAUGUAGAAACGACUAUUUGAACAAAAAUCCAAUAAUCAAAGAUCGUCUGGAAGAAAAUGCCGAAAGCAAUAAAACUGCCUUAGCGAACUCUUUGUUAUUAAUUUCAGUAUAAAAUUUGUAAUAAAGUAGACUAUAUUGUUGUUUUACUUCAAUC